CGAAGUCAGUCGGGCUUCGGCGCUCGUGUAGUAAGGACGUGUGUCUACGUCCGUUUGCAUCGCGCGCGGCGUUUACGAUCGUAAAACAACCCUUGAUGAGUAACAGACGUCGACUUUACAACGUUAAAUGGAUUUCAGUGUUUUGUGAAACGUGUUUAAAUUCGUAUUUAUUGGGAAUCAGUGUGUGAUCGUUAGGAUUUAUUGUGACGGAUUAGUGUUUUAGAUUUUUUAUAGAUGCCGUGUUGUGUUCUGUGUUAAAAUAAAAUAGUGAACUGUGUUUCUACUCCUAUUGGAAUUGUUGGAAGAUAUAAACAGAUUCCAUCAACGUAGUGUGAGUGUGUAAAAUGAGAGUGAGCUAGUGAUGUACCAGUGUCGAUAAUAGUGCCGCGCAACAUGUCGGUGCUUUUGGCUAUCGGCGUUUUGUUGAUGCAGUGCGCUUGGAGCCGGCAGGAGAAUCUUAUUGAGGAAUCAACGGCCAUUGAAUCUCUACACGCACCGACCGGGGGCGGCGUCGAACUGCCUUGUGACGUCACACCAGCUUUACCCGAUGACCGAAUGGGGCUGGUCAUCUGGUAUAAGCAGGGCCACGACGCGCCUAUAUACUCGCUUGACACCAGAGAGGGCGUGACGUCACACUGGUCAGACCCCGGCACUUUAGGCACCCGAGCGACAUUUCGCAGUGACACUAGGCCCGCUGUGCUAGUGCUCACUAAACUUAGACCUGAAGACAGUGGGCAGUAUCGAUGUCGAGUGGACUUCAUCAAAUCGCCGACAAAGAACACGAGACUCAACCUCACAGUGCUCAUACCACCAGAGAGGCUGAUCAUCCUCAACCAGGAGGGGAAUGAGGUCCAGGGAGGCAUACUCGGGCCCUACGAUGAAGGGGCUGAGGUCAAUUUGACCUGUGUCGCCGUUGGGGGUCGCCCAACAGCAAGGGUGUCAUGGUGGAAGUCGCACGCCCUGCUCGCAAAUUCUGAAGCUAGAGCUGCAGUCAGUUUUAGGCUGCAGCGGUCAGAUUUGGGCACGGAGGUCACUUGCCAGGCCGUGACAGACCCAUCGCUGGCGCCGGUCUCCGAGAGUCUCUCCAUCGACGUAAACCUGCGUCCCCUCUGGGUCCGACUGCAAGGCGGCAAGCGCCCCCUAGUGGCCGGGCAGAAGACUGAACUCAUCUGCCAAGCUGUAGGCGCGAGGCCCAAACCCUCAAUCACAUGGUGGCGAGGCGGUACCAAGCUUAAGAAUGUUAGAGAAACUACCUCUACCGAUGGUAACAUCACCAACAGCAUCCUGACCUUCGAGCCAGCCAUUGACGACGCAGGCAGGGUCCUGUCUUGCCGAGCGACCCAACCUUCCCUACCUCACUCUACCCAUGAAGAUGGGUGGAAGAUGGAGAUCCAACAUCUACCGCUAGUGAAGCUUGAGUUGGGAGCGAACCUGGACGCCAGCAAGGUCGUAGAGGGUUCUGAUGUGUACAUCGACUGCAGAGUGCGAGCAAAUCCUUGGCAUACGCACGUACAUUUCACUCACAAUGACAUGGUAGUGAAACCCGGACCCGGAGUCCUGGUAGCCAACCAGAGUCUGGUGCUCCAGAAGGUGUCCAGGAAAGCGGCCGGGGCCUACGUCUGUGCCGCCAGGAAUGCCCUAGGAGAGGGCUUUAGUGAAAAGCUCAUGCUGGAUGUUAAAUAUACCCCUACGUGCAAGUCUUCGCAGCCUGCCCUUCUGAGGGCUGCCAGAGGAGAGCUCAUCGAAAUUGAGUGCGAUCUAGACGCCAAUCCAAAGGAAUCCAUGACGUACCAUUGGUGGUUCAACAGUUCUGCCCACAGCAAGCAUGAGCUCACGGCGGCUUCCACGCUAAACGCAGCGCAGAGUGGCACAUAUUUAUACAUGGUCAACACAUCAUCGGACUAUGGAUGGGUCCAAUGUGCCGGUACUAACACCGUUGGCAGGCAGACGAAGCCGUGUCUCUUCCAUAUUUUACCUGCAGAUAAACCCUCAGCAGUCAAAGCGUGUGAGAUUACGAACGUGACGUACGACUCUUUGACUCUGAACUGCACUCCGGGGCACGACGGCGGUAUUCGGCAGUCUUUCUUAUUACAAGUAUUCGACAUGGGCACGGGCCUACUCUUAGCUAAUGUGAGCAGCGACGAGCCAGAGCUGUAUGUGUCUGGUCUCUCGGCCAGUAACUCUCUCUCAGUGGCAGUCAGGGCGUACAAUAGGAAAGGGGCCAGCGAGCCUUUGACAUUAACUUCUAGUCUGCUUAAAUAUCCUCAAAGACAUACAGCCCAAGUCCCCGUGAAAGUGGAGCUGACGACAGUUCUGAUAAUCGUGCUGGUGUCAGUUGGAGUUAUCGCCGCCAUGACGGCGGUGUCCGCCACCGUCUUCUGUUGCAAGCACUGCAAUAAGAAAAACAAUAAAAAUGAAAAAGACAAGAGACAGCAGGACGAAACAUCUAACGUGCCUUUGACAGGCACAAAAGAGUCGGACAGCGUCGACAGUUUGGAUAAAAACCCAGAUAUCAUCCCGCUAGAUGGUAAAAUCAGCGACAGCUGCUCCAACAAGUCCUCAACAACCGACUACAGUUCAAUACGGCCGUUAAUAUCAAAGAAUCCGGCAGAAAAAUACGACUCCGUCCCACCGAACUGCGACAGAUUCUACGAUCACAACAUAGACCCAUGCAAUCACUACAUACAAAUCCGUCCUAUGGAGUACAGGGUACGGCCGACAUACCAGCCUAAUCCCAUGGCGAGUCUUGGGCCUAGUAUACAGAGUGUUAUGCCUAUGAGCAGCUUGGGAGUCCCGAACGUUGGGCCGAAUGAUUGUCAUAGGCCGCCGUAUGAUAAAGUGUACGAGGACUGGCUGAAGUAUAAGAACGCAUUGCCGUUGAAUACUAGUGGUUUGCUUCCAGCCGAGCAGCUAAUGCCGCCUGAACUCUACGCCACCCCUCCCCUAUCGCUCUACAGCAACCCCCGCACCCCCCUCCCGCUCCCCCUCCCAGAGCUCGACCACCGGUACCUGGAGAGGGACGGCCGGUGUUCUAACUCGCCCCCGGUCCGGUUCAACACGGAUAAUAGUGUGUAUUAUAAUAAGAUGAUGGAGAGGAGUACGAAUACAUUACCGCAUUUGAAGAGGAUAAAUGGUAACACAAUGAAUCAAAAGCCGACUGAACUCAAACAAAGUGCCGGUAAAUCUACGGACACAAGUUUAGAACCUGUCAAAAUGGGCAGUCAAGAGUGCUAAACAAGUGUCAAGUGUUGCCAGUGUGACUAUUACGGCCAAAUGACACUCUCAGUGUUGCCAGAGUGACUUGUGGCCUGAUAUACUUGUAUAGGUUAAGAAAUCAAGAAUUUUAAAAGUGUUUUAAGUGUAGCUGUACAAUAUUUUAUGACAGUAUUACAGCAAAACGGUGUUUUAACGUGUUCAUUAUAUAACACAACGGAGUGUAAUCUGGUUUUGAUACGGCGAAAAUUACUUGUAGUAAAACAUCGGUCUAAAGAUUAUGUUGUUCUAGUGACAAAUGGGUUUAUUUUGCUCCCUGGGGUUUGGUCAGAUGUUUAAAGAGGUAUUAAUGUUUAUUCUUAUCAGAAUAUAGGUAGGAAUGUUGAACUUGCAUAUUUUAUUGCAUGAAAUGGUUAAUGUAACCCCGAUUCACGUUGUAAUGAAACUGUCACUUUGACUAAAUAUUUAUAAGAAUUAGGAGGAUAUUCUUUCAAUCAAAUAUUUUUUUUUAACAUUUAUCCAGUACAUUAAAGUUAGUCCAAGAAAAGUCUGCAUCGAUUUUGAUAGAUACGCAGUGCAAGUGUUAUUUAUAUCAUAAUUUCAUAGAAGUUUGUCGUUUAAAACAACACUUACACUGCGUGGGCUAUCUAAAUCGCUGCAUAAUUGUCUUGGUCUAGCUCUAUUAGAAGUUUGUCAAUUUACUUAUAUAUUUAUUAAUGCUGGUACAAUACUUAAAUUGAGUAAAAAAGAAAAAUAGGACUUUUUAAAUACCUUAUUUUGUUUUAACCGUUCUCGAACAAAAAAAAUAUCAUUAUUCCAUUCCUCUUAUAAAGUAUGAUUAUUUCUCGAUAUAUUUAUUUCUCAUUUUGAAUUAAAUGAUCACCCAAAAAUCACUGCCUUAAAGUAAGUACUUGAAUCACGCUCAUUUAAAACCUACAGGGCGAAAUAUAGCGAUAGUAAAAAUAAUAGUAGGGCUGUCACCGUUUUAGAAAAUAUCCAGGGAAUGUAAAACACCCUAAGUUUUGGAACCAAUAAUUGCAUGUAAAAAAUCUUAAACUCCCAUUUUAAACACCGAGAGCGCACUUUGGAACCCUCUAGUGUUGCAGGUGUCCUUGUGCGACGGUAAUUGCUUACCAUCAGGCGAUUCGUCUGCUUGCCUCCUACAUCAUAAAAAAAACUUGUCAAAUAAUUUCAAUUCCAAGGGGUGUAUAAGACUGAGAAAUGUAAUUAAAUCUCAAUACAUAGUUAGUAUUAGUUGUGAUUUACUGAUUUACACCAUUUUUAAAUCGAUCAUAAUAUUAGGUUUAGAAGAAAUUAUCAUUUUGUUUGAUUUAAACAAAUUAAAUACAUUAAAAUUAAUCAGAUAUCAUGUUAAAUAAAUAACUCAUCGUAUCUUAUGACAUUUUAAACUCAAUUGACUCAAAUGCGUUCAGUUUUUUGAUGCCCGGAGGCCGAUUUUUAACUGAAUUUAACAUUUGUUAAUAGUUUUUGAUCUUGUUACGAUAUGACCUUGACAUGGCUCGCAGCGCAUCUCACGCGCAUCAAUGAGUGCGAGCGAAAUGCAUAAUGAUAUGACUCUAUGACCCGUGUGCGGGACCAAUCAGCUUCAGCGAUUUUCAAGGUCAUGUCAAUAUCAAAACAUUAACAAAUAGUGAAAAAUCUACCCCCCGCUAUAACAAAAUCCAGCGUGAAAAUAACGUAGCGAUAUUAUGAUGCAUACAAAUUAAUUAUUAUUUAUUUUGAUACAACGAUAAAGUUCUUAAUUAAUUUAAACGUGCCCAAUGUCCAAUAUCAUUUUGUCUAAUACAGAUGUUACUAAUAAAUUUCUAGAAAUCAAAAACAGCUGAUUUGUCUAAUCAAAAUACUCCUAAAAUUAAACCAAAUGUAAUUAAUUUCCUAAUAAAAUUGUUUCAAACGCGUUUUUUUUAUUUAUAAAGAUAAAGAUAAAAAUUAUCUUUAUCUUUAAUUUAUUUAUGUAAAAGCCGUAUCAACGAUAUUAAGAUAAAAACUGUAAAUAAAAACAUGUAAAUAGGUACAUAUUAUUAUACAUAUGUAUAGGUAUACACAAGUAUGUUAUACGAAAAGUUGCCAUAUAGUUAAAGUUUUAGAACGUAUAAAAUAAAAUAAAAUAGUUUAAGUAAUAUAUGAGACGAGCUUUCUGUUUUAAGAUGAUGUCGUGACUUUAUUUAAUUUAGAUUAAUUAAUAUGAGUAAGUUGAAAUUCAAUUUUAUUUUUAAAAAGUAAUUUUGAACUGUUUUCCAACGCUGUUUCAUUAAAACGUUUCAAACUAAGUAACAGGAUGUGAGAAAUAUGAGCAAAAAGCAUUCGCCUUUGUUCAUUGCAUAUAUUUGUAUUUAAUUCCGGUUAUUAAGUUUUAUAAUGGAAUUUUAUAUUUUGUAACAUGUCUACUACUUUAAAGUUUAAAGAUACUUUUUUUUCUUUUCAUCUGUGUAAAGCGAUUUUAGCCAAAUAACAUUAAAUUCUUGAAUUCCGUGUUAGAAAACUGUUCAAAGUUAAACUUAUCUAAAUCAAACCACUUCUGAAGUGUAAAAUUAUUGGCGAAAUAUUUCAGAAAUCUAAAUUGAAAUUAUGCGAGCGUUAAAAUAUUUUUAAAUUAUUGCGGCUUUUUCAAAGCGGUGUUGUUACGUAACUUUAAUAGUCAUUUACGAUACAAGUGCGAAAACUAGGAAAUUAACGAAUUACCUAUUCGCACGUGUAUAAUACAACGAUGCACAGUAGGUACAUAUGUCCCUUUAACCUUUCGACGUAAUUAUGUUACGUGGGUAAUGUACUUGUAUCGUUAAUAACUAUUAAAUAUUUUAUGUGAUAAUAAGAUAUUUAAUUAGUAUUAGGCUCAUUGACAUGAAACAUUAUGAUUGUGGCAGUAUUUUUAUUUUGUAUUUAUUUCGAUGGUAAGAAAAUAAAAUUUUAGAAUUAUGUCAUUAAAUAAAAUAAAUAAAAUUUGUUGUUUAAAUUUAUUCUCACUAAUACUAUUGUAAUUUUUUAUAUUGUCUCAUGUAUAGAAGCCCUGAUAUAACAUUUGAAUUUAAUUAUUAAUUACUUUUAAACAUUUUAAUUUUAAUUUAAUCUGACCAAAUUGUAAAAGAGGCGCAAAUCUUAGAAAUAAGAUUAUUUCUCUUGAAUUUGUACAAUAAUACCUAAUUAUGACGAUUUUAAAAAUUCCUUUAAUACAAGAAUAAGUGUAUUCUUUUGUUCAAUGUGAAAUUUUAUUAGGUACACAAAUCAGUGUGAAAAAAUAAGCAAGUAUAACUAAGGUAAGAUGGGGUUAUAGAAACAUCGGGGCUGUAAAACACUUGUAAAGAUUCCUCAUACUGUUUCUUUUACCCCACGUGACCUUAAAUGUAUUUCCUUGUAUUAAUAGAGGUCUAACGUUUCAAAGCGUUAAUUGUAUUUUAGACCUUUAAUCAUAAAUAGCAUAAAGCCAUGAGGUCCGUUUUUGAAACAACACAAAAGUUGGAGUUGGCCAAAAGUUCAUUAAGUCACUCACUUUGAAAUAAAAAGUUUCAAUAUUCAAGAAUUUUCAAUGAACUACAAUUUUCAAAUUUCUAAAAAUAUCAAUAGUCAAAAAUGUAUUCUCCAGGUAAACCUCAACGGAUUUCACAAGUCAACAACAUUUACAAUGACAUUACAUUUUACAUAACAUGUAACAACUUAACUUUUCUUUGACUGACUAGAAGUGCAAAUGUAAAAGGAAGAUAAUUCUUAGGGCCAAAUUCGGAUUUUGAAAUAGACAUCUAUUAGAUAUCUUUUAGACAUCACCAAGAUACGAUAACGAUAUGUUUAAGAUUUAACCUGUCAAAAUUGACAUUUGCGCGAUUCUGGAGAUACUCUUGAACGAUUUCCACAGGAUAUGACUUAGAUAUCCAAUUCACAUCUAAUCUAACUAAGAUUCUUACUCUAUCUAACGUAAGAGUGACAUUGGUUGCCCGAAUUGCGUUGCAAAAGAGAACUAGUUGAUAUCUAAACUAUAACGUAUCUAGAAUGGAUCUAGUACGUGUCGUCUCUUGUGAAUAUCUUGAAGUUCGAAUACGGCAGUUAAACUCCCAUUUACAGAUACGAGCUCACUUUGAUAUGGAGCGGAAAAUCGCAAGACAUUAAAAGGCGGAUAGUACAAGAUAGUUUAAACUUAAAAACAAAGGCAAAUUAAAUUAAAGACAGUUUCAUUUAAAUUCAUGAAAUAGAAACUUGCCCACGAUUACUUGGCACUUUAAAAAUGUCUGUAGGCCCGAUUUAAAAGUUAGGGAGUGGGAGAGACAUUUUUUGGACCUUCGAAGCGAGUAUUUACUUGUUCAAAAAACGUAUUUAGAUCAUUAAACUACGACCAAGACCACCGGUGGACGGGCAGCUGCGUCCCUCAAAUUCGAUGUACUCGACUGCGAUCGCCAACCCGCCUGCCAAGCGUGGCGAUUAUAGGUUUAGGUUUAAAGAUAUUUAUUCUCAUAAAAGACAUACAAGUCACUUACACGAGAACAGAGUUACAAAGUAAAAGUAAUCUUAUCUACGGUAGCAUACAAAAGUCGCUCGAUAUUAUGGCAUACACCCCCCAAUGGGGGAGGCCUAUGUUCAGCAGUGGACAUCUUAUGGCUGAGAUGAUGAUGAGAUCAUUAAAGUUGAUAUGUAUUUACAAAACUACUUAAUACCUAGGUACCUACAGCGAGCUGCAAUAUUAUUAAUGAAUUCAGACAUAUGGCAAUGCAAUUGUAUGGCACAAAAACACCAUACUUAUGGGAAAAAUACAGAGCAACACAACAUGAAGUUAUGUAAAUAUAGUUAAAAUUUAAAAAUGUGACAUGAAAAGAAACUCGGUACAAAAAUAGAUUGCGACCAAGUAAGACGUUAGAGAAAAUGUUAAAAGCUAAGCAGCAAAGUGUUCAAACGGAAAAUAGCAAUUGAAAAUGUGACUGGGGAACCAAUACGCGGAAAUGUAUUUUAGAAACGGGAAGUAACAAUUUGUGUCCUCGUACGGGGACCGGGAAUUAUUCUCAGAACUUAGCUACAUGGAGUGCCUAAAGCGAACCAUUGUUGAUGUGAUUUUUAGGAUUCCGUAGCCACAAUGGCACAAACGGAACCAUUAUGGUUUAAUCAUGACCAGUCGGACAUGAACAGACAGACGUCCGUUCGUCUGUCUGUCAGCCUGUACGUAUUUCACUCGAAAAUCAUAAACUUUUUAAUUAAAUUAGGAACAUAGAUGUAUUUUGUGAGCCGCUACUAAGUUUAGAAGUUAAAAUAUAACAAAAAUAAAAUGUUGUAUCCUCUCUCCAUAUACCGGGUGUGGCCUGUAAGACGAGCAAAAAAUUUAACUGUAGACUGUACUCCUCAUACUGACGAACAUUUGUUCAGCGACUUUUAAAAAUAACUUGUGGUUUGAUUUUUAACACACUUUAAAAUUUAUUCUAAGACGCAAUGUACUUAUUGCGAAUUUUGUUAUAUCUAAGGCAUGACAAGCAACGUCAAUCACAAAUGAUAUGGCAUGGCGAAUUGGCGGUGGCGUCCAUUGAAGAUAAUAUUUAUUUUGUAUGAAAAAUAGGAAGACUAAAUACUUCAUAAUUUUUAAAAGUUGUUAAAGAAAAGUGUCACCGUUUGAGGAGUACAAUCUAUGUUAUAAUUAUUUGCUCGUGUUACAGGCCACACCCGGUAUGUAACCAUAAGUAAAAAAAGUGUAGGUACUUUUAUAUAAUACUCCAGUCCUCGCUCCAUAAAACGAACUGGAAAAUUCAUUCUACAGAGCUACUAUAGAGCUCAUAAAGCGUCUUUUACUUUAAUAGACGUUGCAUUCGAGGAACUAUUUGCAGUAAAUGUAAACAAGCUACGUUAAAACGCAGUUUAAUUUCUGUUUUAUUUCGCUAUGCGAGUAAAUUAUUGUAAACUACAUGUUGUUUAACCUCUAACCGCCCAGAGACCUAUAAAAAGGUCUCCUGUUCCAUUCUAAUUUGAACUUUGUGUUGACCAAAUAAAUUUUCAUUUUGCUUGGCAAGGUUUGACGUAUGGGCGGCUAGGUGCUUUUAAUUGAAACCGCGGUGACCGCGUUGGAUCCUGUCACCGAAAUUGACGGUGUAUUAUUUGCAUAAUUUAAACUUUAACGUUGCAUUUUCCAAUUUAAUGCAGCAACAUUUGGUUAUGGUUGUGUUAUCACACGUUUAUCUAAUACACUACGGUAUCCCGUAGUGUGCAUAAAAUGGAUGUGUAAUAAUAAUCAUACAUAGUUUAUUUUCCUCGGGACAAGCGAAACAGUACUUACCUAUAAUUAAUGUGGACUCCCUUCCAGAGCUUCCCCGGUGUUUUUCUUACCCCCCAUAAACUUACUGUACUUAAGUGUACGGCCUCAGUAGCGAGAGUCUAGCGUCAGCGUGCAGAGUAGCGUCAAGGUUUCAAAAGAUUUGAGGGGCGUGCUCUGGGGCCGCACUCAUACGUUGUCAUUUGUUUAACCUGCACGCCGCGUCGGACGCUCCGCUGGUCGCCCCGCUUAUCGCCCCGUUCGACCUUUCACUCCAUAUAAAAUGUAUCAAACAUUUAUAAAACAGGAUUAUUAUAAGUAUCAUAACUGUCCCGCGUCACAACUUGCUGAGAAUCGUAAAUGCCCUGAAACGUCAAACAAUAUCUCGGCCCUAUAGAAAAGUAAAUUUGCUUUGGCCACAUUGUAUUAAUAAAAACAAUGAUAGAAAAAAUCAAGACUUUCAACAAUUUCAACGUUCGAUGUUUUUUUUUAACAUGUUAAUUAACAGAUGAUAUUACAGGUAUUUAUUAAGUGUAUCUUAAACGAUAAUAUAUUGUGUUAGUAUUGGGAUGUUUGUAAAAUCGUCAUAAAUCUAGAUUUUAUAUGGUAAUUAUGGUUUGUAAAGUACUUAUAGUUGAUUCGCCUAACUCGCUUUAAUUUGUGUACUUUGAAAAAGCGUAUAUCGUUUCACGAUGUUCUUUUGGGAAUAAUAAAUGUCAGUUUUUAAUGUG